AGCCAUCUUCAUUUGGUUCUGUGAAGUAAGCACCACCACCAAGUCAAGCCAGUGCCUCAUGCAGACAAAUAUCACUAAGAACCCUAUGAAAAAACAAUGAACCUAUAAAAAUGUGUCAGCUAGAAAUAUUUAUUUUUUUCAGGUACUUUUAAGUGUGAUUGUUCUUUCUCAGAUUUUGUCUCUGUGCAGGAUAUGUGUGUGGGAAAUGCUUCCCCCCACCCUGCCCCAGGGGUUUCAUCUAGCUUGAGGCAGGGAUAGAAAAAGAAAGGGGAUAUGGAAGAGCAUGGCUGAAAUACGAACACAGCUUUGAAAACAACUUCAGUGGUUUUAAUUAUCCAAGUGUUUUGGCAGAGCUCCUGCAGUGUAAGCCUUGAUCUCAGGUUUUUCAUGCUCUGUGAAGAAGUAGCAUUUGUAUGCGUGGAGGGAGCCUCAUGACCUCUGUGCUCUGCCCUGCUGCACGGAGUAGAUAGGAAGCUGCUACAAGCAAGAAACCACAGACCUGAGUACUUAAGCUCCUUGUGUAACACUUCAGGAGAUGCAGGUGGUUGACCAGAUUGACACACUGACAUGUGAUCUGCAGCUGGAGGAUGAGAUGACAGACAGUUCCAAGACAGACACACUGAACAGCAGCUCCAGCAGCACAACAGCCUCCAGCUUGGAGAAGGUCAAGGUGCGCGGCAACGUGCCCCUCAUCAAGCCCCCCGCGCACCCCUCUGCCAUCCUCACCGUGCUGCGGAAGCCCAACCCACCCCCUCCUCCCCCUCGACUGACACCUGUCAAAUGUGAUGAGCCUCCCAGGCUGCCUUCUUUGGCCAACCCAGUCAAGACCAACGGCACCCUGCUGCGAAAUGGGGGCUUGCCCGUCGGGCCCGGCCGCAUCCCCAAUGGAGACAUGUGCUGCAUUCCCAACAGCAACUUGGAGCAAGUGGUGAUGCAGCCUCUGGUGCACAGACCCGAGAAGGAGCGGUGCGCUCAGCCGGGAGCGAGGGAGCGGGUACGGUUCAGUGAAAAAGUGCAGUACCACGGCUACUGCCCCGACUGUGACGUUCGGUAUAACAUUAAAAACAGGGAGGUGCACUUGCACAGCGAGCCGGCCCGGGUUGCAGGGAAGCUGCCUCACCAGUGCCCUCCUCUGCCGCCUCCUCCACCUCCGCUGCCUCCGUUCCUUCUGGAAAAUGGAGGGUUGGGGAUAAGUCCCAGUAAUAGCUUUCCUCCUCCGAGACCUGCAACUGUGCCUCCACAAACUGCGCCAAAACCCCAGAAGACCAUCUUGAGGAAGUCAACCACUACAACAGUGUGAAGUAUGCCCCUUGUAAUAACUCUUUGUUUUUUCCUAUAUAUAAACAUAAAUAGGUAAUGAGCACUUUCUACUUGAGCAAUAAAAAGACCCAAUGUAUUACACCCUGUGUCCAGUGAAGUGGCAUAAAAAUCACAGGCACCUUCAGGCUUGAAGGAAUACCUAUAUUUGGAGGCACGUCAAUUAAUUUGCAUAUCAGAUUCAUCAUUGUGACUUCUUGCAGGCCAGAUCUGAGAAGUAACCAGGAAAGCUGACCCUUAGUGGAGAAUGGAAAAAACCUUGAAGUCAGAGCACAACUGAUCACUAGUGUAACCUGCAUUGAAUCAUCUUUCUCAGAUCUGACAGCUACAAGCUGAGUCCUGGCAAAAGCCACAGCCUUAAAUUCCAUUUAGUGGGAAAGAAGGAUAAGACAGCUCAAUGUCUCGCCCUGUUGCAGAAACUGCUGUCUCCAAGCCUGACACCUGAGUUCUGUGCUGAGCAGCCAGAGUACCAACCAACCAGUUUUUCAUGGGUACAGCCAGCAUCAACAAAUAUUUCAAGACAUAGCCAAAAGGAGAAACAAAGCACUUACAUAAUUUCAGAAAAUGGAUACAUUUAUUGUAACAGAGGAAUGUUACUGUCUGUGGGGAAGAAGACCUCUGUCACCCCUUGUACAUAUUGGAAGCCAUACAGGAGCAGGGCAUAAGUGAAGCCCAGUCACUUAAAAGGAUGGUGUCUCCUGUCCUUCACCCACCUUUGAGGAAGUUCCGCUCUUAGAGAUUGCAUCUCAAUGCACUUCUAUUAUUUGCACUGUCACUUCCAUUCAGGGUAAUGAUGUGUGCCACCAUUUGCACAGAUGGCCCCAGGAGAUUUUUGACCACAACAAGCUAUACUUUGCCAGGGCUCCAAAAGGAAUUAAAAAGUUAAAACUGAAGAAAGACAUUUAUGCUCUCUUUCACUAUGGGGAUCUCUUCAUAGAAAGGACUAUGGUUCUUUCUUAGGAUGAAAUAAAUACAUGCAUAUACAUACAUAUAUACAUAUGUAUAUAUAUGAAAAAGCAGCAACAUGAUAGGGUGUAUUUAAAAAGGGGAUAUAAUCUUUUUGAUAGCAUCCAUUUUUUUUAUCAUAUUAGCAGCCGAGAAAUUUAGUCUAUUGAAUUAUACAUCAAAAAAUGUUCCUACUGAACAUUGACAUUUAGUCCCAGUUACUGCUAAAGAAGUCAUUUGUAAUAUGUAUUUGACAUAAAAUUUUUCUAGCCAUUUGUCUAUACUUCAUGGAGAAAUCUAACAGACAAGCAACAUUUUCAGUUUAUUUUUCUAAAUAAAUGUUUUGUUUGUAUUAUUUGCAGUCACUCAUUUUGGCUGGUUUUCAUUAUCUCCUAAUGUGAUUUAAAGACAGAACCAAAACACAGGGAUUGUUUGUUCUUGUUAAGCUGUAAUGAUUUGCUGAAUGAAAGCUUUAAUAUAAAUACUGUAAUUUGUAAAAUGAUGAAGUAUAUUUAUAUAGGCAAAUAUGUAUGGAAAACAAAAGGAGGUAUUUUAUCUCUUAAUUUCAGAACAUAGUUUAUUUUAAUAUCCACAGGAAGAAAUUAAAUAUAUAAUGGGAUAGGGUUUUUAUUAUAAGUGAAAAUCUGGAUGUUUAAGAAUGAAAUGAAUGUAGUCAAAUAAUGGUGGUUUCCCAAAUUAUACAGAGACCUUUUGCCAGCUGUCUCAUUUUACUCAAAAACUGGUUUAGUCAUCUGGGGGGGUCGGGUUUUUCUGGGGUGGGUGUGUGUGUGCUAAGCUUUUUGUUUAGUGCUUUGUUUGUUUCGGCAUACUGACAAGACCAUGAGUUUGAUACUGUUUGCUCACAAUUUGAAAAGCUACAGAAUAAAAGAUGGUUUCUUAGAACAAUCUACAGUUUGCAGUUAAGAACAGCCAUUGUUAUCCAUCUAAUGCAGUGAUUUGUUGUAGAGUUAUUGAACAUUUCAAUAGUAGAGCUGUUUUGAAUAAAAAUGGGUUUUUUCCUUUUUUUUCUUAGUCCAUUAGCCUAUGUGUAAUUUAAAGAGAAAAGUAAUGCAUUUUGUUCCCAGUUCACUUAAAUCAUUUGUCUUAAAUCCAGUUAUAUGUAUCUGUUUCAUAUAGCUGAAUAGGCUUUUCUUUCAAAGUUCAUUGCUUUAUGGAAGCAUUUAAGUGCUCACUAAAAGAAAAAAUACCUUUCAACAACAAAAAUUAAUUUAAAAUAAUCUGUGGGUUAACUUUGUGAAGGGCAGAUACCUUAAAAAUGUGUCGCUCUGCUCUAAUGUACUAACAAGUGUUACGCGUGUACGUUCGUGUGUGUGUUUUCACGCAUGGCACCCUUACCUGCUCAUGAAUGAAAUGCCAGCUCUGCUGAAGUAAGUGCCACAAGUCCUGUUACUGCAAAAGAUGCUCAUGUUACUGUAUUUUUUGGUGAAAGACCUGAGCUCUGUCUUUGCUUGUGACUCUGAAGCCAUAAGCAGCUUUUGAAGUUUGUCAGGAAAUCAGAAAAUUUAGUAGGUUUAUGUUAGACUCCCUCAUUUGACAAAGAUUGGAAUGAUCUUAUGAUUUGACUCUUUUUAUGGAAGUUAGUGGUCAAUUUCCUUUGGUGCAAUGGAUACAUGCAACCUUUGUAUUUGUUAAAGAAUGAUGGCUGUGUUUUGUUCACACACAAUUUAGCUUUUGGCUUAUAGUGUUCUUACUGUGAUGUUAUUUCUAUGUCAUUAGAAUACAUUAUUCGGACACACAACUGGCAUGGGCUUGGUUUUCCUCCAUUUCUGGAUCAUCUAGAUUUUAAAAUUGGAGAGCUUGUUCUUUGAGACAAAUAUUCAGUUGUUUAAGAAAGGGACAACAUUAUUGAAACAAUAAGAAAAUUUCAGAAUGAUAAUUUGAACACUUCUGUCAUUGCCUAAUAACAACACUUGAAAAAGCUUUUAUUUUUGUGAACAAAAUGCAUUCAUCUGUAUUGGAAAAUAGCCCAAUAAAAAUCCAGUGGAAUAAUUUGUUAUUACUUGCAAAUACUUUUCUGCUGUGCUGAGUUCUAGAUCAGCUUGUGUGUAAAAUUUUUAUUGCACAAAAUCCACCUGAAAAAAAAAAUGCACAGUUUUCUUCAGAAAAAUACAUGAGAUAUGAAAAAUAAUUACUUGGUCCCAGGAGUGGUUUUAUGUAACAUGUGCAA